GGGAGGCCCGCGAUCGGGGAGGCGGCCACCUCAGCCCGGUCGCCGCGGUUCCUCGGAGGUCGCCGCGGUUCCUCGGAGGUCGCCGGGGUUCCUCGGAGGUCGCCGUGGUCUUGUGCUGAGCAGCCAUGGAGAAGAUGCAGCAGGUCGUUGGGCGGGCGAGAGCCGCCUUCAACUCGGGCCGUUGCCGCUCACUGGAGUUCCGGCUGCAGCAGCUGAAGGCCCUGGAGCGGAUGGUGCAGGAGAAGGAGAAGGAGAUCCUGGCAGCCCUCAAGGCGGAUCUGCACAAGAGUGAGCACAGUGCAUUCAGCCAGGAGAUCAUGGGCGUGCUGGGGGAGCUAGCCCUGACCAUGGACAAGCUGCCAUCCUGGGCAGCCCCACGGCCUGUGAAGAAGAACCUACUGACGAUGCGGGACGAGGCCUACAUCUACCCCGAGCCGCUGGGGGUGGUGCUGAUCAUCGGGGCCUGGAACUACCCCUUUGUCCUGGUCAUGCAGCCUUUGAUUGGGGCCAUCGCAGCAGGCAAUGCCGUGGUGGUGAAGCCAUCAGAGAUCAGCGAGAACAUGGCUCAGCUGAUGGCUGAUCUCCUCCCCCAGUACCUUGACCAGGAGCUGUACCCCGUGGUCACUGGAGGAGUACCCGAGACAACAGAGCUGCUGACCCAGAGGUUUGAUCACAUCCUCUACACCGGCAACUCCGCAGUGGGCAAAAUCGUGAUGGCAGCAGCUGCCAAGCACCUGACGCCCGUCACCCUGGAGCUGGGUGGGAAGAGCCCCUGCUACAUCGACAAGGACUGUGACCUGGCCAUCGCCUGCAGGAGGAUAACAUGGGGGAAGUACAUGAACUGUGGGCAAACCUGCAUCGCCCCAGACUACAUCCUCUGUGACCCGUCCAUCCAGAGCAAAGUGGUGGAGAACAUCAAGGCAACUCUGCAGGAAUUCUAUGGGGAAGACGUGAAGUCAUCUCCAGAUUACGAAAGGAUCAUCAACAAGCGUCACUUCAAGAGGAUCAUGGGCCUGCUGGAAGGGCAGAAUAUCGCUUACGGAGGACAGACUGAUGAGGCCUCCUGCUUCAUAGCACCGACUAUCCUCACCGACGUUUCUCCGGAGUCAAAGGUGAUGGAGGAGGAAAUCUUUGGGCCAGUGCUCCCCAUUCUGCCCGUGAAGAACGUGGAUGAAGCCAUUGAGUUCAUCAACCGUCGUGAGAAGCCCCUUGCCCUCUAUGUCUUCUCAAACAACAAGAAGUUAAUCAAAAGAGUAAUCUCUCAGACCUCCAGUGGGGGUGUUACUGGAAAUGAUGUCAUCAUGCAUUUCUUGCUCUCAACCUUGCCCUUUGGUGGUGUGGGUAACAGCGGGAUGGGCGCCUACCACGGCAAGCACAGCUUUGAGACCUUCUCCCACCGCCGCGCCUGCUUGAUCAAGGACCUGAAGAUGGAGAGUAUGCACAAACUCCGGUACCCACCUGGCAGCCAGAAGAAGUUGGAUUGGGCCAAGUUCUUCAUCCUGAAGCGGUCUAGGAAGGGCCGUGUGUGACUGGCCAUCUUGGCCCUGCUGGGGAUUGUGGCAGCUGUGGUGAUAAAGGUUUUAUCCCUGAGGACAACGUCAUAUGGUCUGGAAUAUCCCUGUGGUUAGCUGGGGUCACCUCUCCCAGCCGUGUCCCCUCCCUGCUUCUUGCCCCCAGCCUACGCGCUGGCGGGGCAGUGACAAACAGAGACCUUGACGCCGUGCGAGCGCUGUUUGGCACAACUAAACCCCAGUGUGUCACCGACACUGUUCUGCUCACAAAUCCAAAGCACUGCACCAUCCUGCUAUGAAGAAACUUAGCACCUGUGAUUAAAAUUAACUCCAUUCCCAGCCAAAACCAGUACAAACCCGUUCCUGGUCCGACUCCUCCGAGAGAAAACAAUUACUGAAAAGAGUGUGUACUCCUUUGCGUUUUUGCUUCUUGGGUCUGCUAUAAUCUUGCACUGGGAGAUCAUAUGGGGCUUGUUCUAGCUUGGGAAGAGGAUGCUGGAGAAAUUUAAUGUGAAAGGGCCUUAGAAAUAUUAAUGUUUAAACAAGGUAAAUUUGAAUUUAAUAAUACUUUUUAAUUACUCACUCUAGAGUAGAAAAUUAUAUUUACUGUGCAAUAGAUGGGAUUUCUUCAUGUCUGGUGAAAAUCCUUGUGCCUAAACCUUUUUAAUGAUAUAUUUUGCAAGUACUAAAUAAACACUGAGAAUUUCAAUAAUAAA